UUUUUUCUUUUCGAUGAUCCAACGAGGAUCUGGUGAUGGGAGAGUCGUGUUGAGUUAUCGUGUCCAUUUCCUCAGCCGGAAGUGGCACAACCACCAACGCUGCUCCACCCUUUGCAGGCUGACAAUCCCAUCUGUUUAAAGACAUCUGGGCUGGGUUCUGGGGUUCUGGAACGACAUCCACCCUGUUUAUUUGUUACGCUGGCCCAGAACCGGAUGAUUCUGCUGAGUUCAUCUGCCUAUACAGUCCCCAAUUAUGAGUACAAAGUACAUGCAGGCAAUCAGAACGGAAUACACCAAAAAAGGAACAAAGCACGAAAAAAAGAAAAAAAAAGGAAGAAAAAGAAAAGAAAAGAGAGAGAACAAAAGGCAAGAUUCCAUAGUUCUUCCAAAGCAGACGUUAUCGGCCAAGUAUCAGUUUUUAGCCGAGUUGGCGAUAAUCUUUCUUUCUUGGUCGUCUGCCUCUGGUUGGACCAGAAAUCCCCCCUCUUUUUCUCCAAAUGUAGAAUCUCCAUAAGCCAUUCCAUCUGAUGAUUCUGGCUAUGAUGUUACCUGCCAAGUA